GUGAAACUGUUAAUCUGUUACUUGUUCCCAGAAAUCAUAAAGAAGCUCUAAAUUCUAAAAAUCACAAUUUUUUCCCCUUCUUUUUUCUUCUUUUCCAUUUUGCGGUCCUUAAUUGCAGAAGCAGAGGCAUUAAAUGACCCCAUGUUUAUAGGUGCUGAGCUGCGCUUUUCUCUCUGUCCUCUCGCCCUCCGACUUUGACCACUUGUCAAGAUCAGCUCCAUCGUCACAAUCCCAAAUUUCAGAAACCGAUGCAAUAACUUUGUGGGAGGGCCUAUUUAAGUAGCGAAGAGCUCAUUACUUUCGUGGAAAAUUGUUGUAUGUGUCUGGGUGAAAAUGAGCUAUCUGGGUGUAGGGGCGAGUCCGGGGACUGUGCCAGUGUAUCACGGCUCAAAUGUUAGGGUUUUGGAUAGGAGGGUGAGAACCGUAGAGUUGGUGUUGAGGUGUGUGAUUGUCGCUCUGGGAAUUCUCGCAGCUGUUCUUGUGGCGACUGAUUCACAAGUCAAAGAGAUUUUCUCUAUUCGGAAGAGAGCUAAGUUUACAGACAUGAAGGUUUUAGUGUUUGUGGUUGUAGUCAACGGGAUAGCUGCGGGUUACUCUUUAAUUCAGGGGUUGCGCUGUGCUGUGAGUAUGGUUGCAGCAACUUUACUCUUCAGCAAGCCUUUGGCUUGGGUUAUUUUCUUGGCGGAUCAGGUAAUGGCGUAUGUGACAGUUUCAGCAGUGGCAGCUGCAUUACAAUCAGCAGUGUUUGCAAAGGUGGGUCAGACAGAGCUUCAAUGGAUGAAGAUAUGUAACAUGUAUGGUAGGUUCUGUAACCAAGUGGGAGAAGGGAUAGCUAGUGCUCUUGUGGCUAGUCUUUCCAUGGUGGUCCUCUCUUGUAUUUCUGCUUUCAGUCUCUUUCGUUUGUACGGUGGUAACAAGCUGAAGAAUGCAGGCUGGUAGGUUAGGGGCCGGGAAGUGCAUUGAAGUGGUAUAUUGGUAGGUAGGUUGACUUCAAAUUUGUCCAAGUACCUACCCCUCACGGCCUUACUCUCUGUUUCUUGUUUGUUAUACUAGUUUGGGAGUUUUCUUAACUCUGUGUGCAUCCAAUGAUGCAGUUUAUGGUAAUAUCAGAAUCUAAGCUUUGUUAAUUGCUCAUUUAAUAAUAUGUUUAUUAUAGUAGCAUUGAACUAAGAAGAAUUACUG